AUGACCAGAACCCUUCCGACGGUUUAUCUAAUGACGGUUCGGGCCAACAGGCCAGGUAAUCCAAGUAUUGCAAGUCAGCUGGAGAAGCUGAGAGUGGAAUACGACGUUCCAGCUCUGGGGGUGAGCGUAGGGCCGCACUUCAAGGGCGCUGUCGUUGGCACACGCAAAGUUCACACGGAUGUGAAUGCCACUAUGCAUGACGUAUACCACAUUGGCUCCAACACGAAGGCUAUGACGGCCACAGUAAUUGCGGUCUUGGUUGAAGAGGGCAUUCUGUCGUGGCAAACGACCUUGGGUGAAGUCCUAACAGACUACUCGAUGCUUGAAGUAUAUCGAAAUGUCACCAUCGAACUUCUCACGUCUCACCGCAGCGGCAUCACCGAUGAUUCGGCGCAGGACGAAACUUUCUUCACCUCCCUAACCAACGUUUCCGCUCCCUUGGGCAGAUCAAGGAUGGCCAAGCAGACUUUAUCAUCCCCGUCCAACAGCACCCAAGGCAUCUGGGUCUAUGCAAACAUGAAUUAUGUCCUCGCCGGCCUCAUUAUCGACGUCACAACGGGCCAGACCGUCGAAGAUAUCAUGUACAGCAAACUAUUCAAACCGCUAUCCAUGUUUUCAGCCGGCUGGGGUUCGACUCCACAGAGCUCCAUCACCUCUAUCGAUAAUCCGUGGGGCCACAUCAUGACGGCCGACGGGCCCCAAGCCGUUGGCGAAGGCGAAGACAACCGAUACCGAGACCUGCCGGCCGGGCUCAGCACCGCUGGGCUCCUGCACAUGACGAUCCAAGACUGGAACAAAUUCCUCACUAUGCACCUCCAAGCAGCGAAAGGACGGCCCCCAAAGACCGUCAAAUUAUCGGUGAAGGGGUUCCAAAAGCUCCACACGUCUGCCCCAGGUCCACCGCCGGAGGAGUUUCCUGGCUUUGGCUACACGUAUGGUGGCCUCGCCCGCGGCGAGGAUGCUUCGGUGCCCGGCCAAUAUAUGUUGGCUCACUGUGGCAGCAACGACAGGAAUUUCGCUUGCGUGAACAUCAUCACCACUAACAGCACCAUCUUCACCUCGUUCACAAACGAAGGUGGCAGUGCCGCAAACAAUGUCACGAUUGAGCUUCUGGCUAGCCUGCGAAACGGCACAAUGCUAUUUUGA